UGAUUAGUUCAGUCGCGAAUAAAGAGACACAACACUAAAUACUCAACGUUACGCAAAUCUCUAAAUCUUUGGCCCCGUGUGCAGCUGGCCGCUGCGGAGUAAAGUGUGCUUUUGGGUAAAUUCACGUGCGUCCUUGUUUUCCGUGCCCCGUUUGCAAUGUCGGUGAAAAUUGUGGCCAACGCCAAGCGUAUGCUACUGUCGAAAAACCUGGCGCAAUCUCAGCGAACCCCUCUGCUAUACUCAACGUACAGGGGAAUUUUCGAUUUCACACCAAUAACGAAAACGCGACGUGAAUUUACCCAGAAGAAGCUUGUAGGGUACUCGAUGCAUCAGCUCUACUCCGUAGUUGCCGACGUUGAAAAAUACAACACAUUUGUGCCAUUUUGUAAAAAAUCCUUCGUGUACGACCGGAAACCGGGCUCCCUGAAGGCGGACCUUAUUAUCGGCUUUCCGCCGCUGAACGAAAGCUACACCUCGAACGUACAGCUCAUCAAGCCCUCGCUCGUCCGGGCAGAGUGUGUUGAUGGGCGCCUGUUCAACUACCUGUUGACCGCGUGGCAGUUCAGCCCGGGGUUGAAGGACAUACCGCAAUCGUGCGUGAUCGAUUUCAUGGUAUCGUUCGAGUUCAAAUCGUUGCUACAUUCGCAACUUUCGAACCUGUUCUUCGACCAGCUGGUAAAGCAGAUGGAAUACGCGUUCAUACAGGAAGCCGAACAGCGGUUCGGUCCACCGGCCAUCAAGAGCCACGUGCUGGUAUCCAACCAAUCCUGACCCAAGCAACGCGACACGAAUGGCAAAGAGCGUAAGACUUAGGUAGGAAAUUAGGUAACACAACUGAUCGGAGUCGGAUUUGCGGGAUAUGAUGUAAAAAAGCACGCGCUCUUGUUGGGCCUGCUCGUGGACAGUAUUUCCCCCAUACCUUAACCCACGAUUGACGGCCAACGACAAGCGACGGACUGCAGAAGGAUUUAAAGGACAGAGGACAUAUAUAUUUUUGUUUUCGUUUUUGUUCCCUUAAACAAAUAGCUUUAUUAGGUAGCGCGAACGAACGAUUGCACACGACACGAAUGGGACAACUUGUUCAGAAUUGAUUGGAGGCAAAGCAUUUUUGAUAUUAAUUAUUAUUUUGCUGGAUGUGAAUGAUUGCCCUGUAAAUAUUCAUCAGAUCAAAUCCCCCACCAACAAUUAACAUUACAUAUUUAUUUUGAUCCCUCUCUCUCUCCGCCGAGUGGCAGAGACACCAAAAGGCUAAGGAGUGAAUCCUGUUCCCUUCCCGUUUUCCAACAUCAAAUAUGUUUGUAGCUGAAUUUGUACAGAUUAUUUAAGAACAAGUGAUAUUCAGAAAAAUACGCUUCACAUUCAAAGAUAA